AUGCUUUGCCUCAACUUCGUCCCGCUGCUUGCGCUGGUGCUGGGGGCUGCCUUCUCCCAGGACACCCCGAAGAAGAGGUGCACCCUGUCCAAGUACGGGUUCCCCGUGCCCCACGAGCUGCAGGCUGUGUGGAAGAUGAAGAAGGAGUUUGAGGCCAUCGUGACAUCGUCGGGCUUCAAAUGCAACACCACUCUCUUCCAUCAGAAAUGGGAAACGGCGGAGCUCUCGGUGGAAGACCGACUGACCCUGGUGAAAGCCGAGCUGGACCUUGCCGUCACCGUGCUGGAGGCCUCGCCAACCACACGUCUGCCGAUUUUUUUUCAGCCCCUGGCUUUCCUCACCCAAGCCCAGAAGGACGUGCAAGACUGUGUGAGUGUCCUCCCGCCUUCGCCUGAGCCCUCUGGGAAACUGAAGCGCUGGCUGCAUAAGCUGGAGAUGGCCAAGAACUCAGAGACCAACGGCCUGAAGGCCUGCACCAUCUUCCACCUCUUCCAAUUCCUGUACGACCUGAAGUGCGCGGCUCUCCAGAAGCAAUGCACUACCAAGGCA